GAUAGCUGCUGCUGUGACGCGAACAACUACUCGUUUGCACCCAAGAGGCCAAGUCCGAUGCCUUGUACAUUUCAGCUCGUAUAGUUGCUGUCGCUUAGCGUGACACGACUGGUUGCUGUGGUCCACGGAGAGAAAAGCUUUCUGGCGAGCUACAGCUUCUUGCCGGCCCGGCAGAAAUACUAACAGGCUGGCUUUUGGGACCUCGCAAUACUGUAAACCCUCUCCAGCGCUCACCCUCACCUUCACCUGGGGCGCAUCUGGUCGUCUCAAUUUGGAGAGCGCAACGUAAACUGUCGAAGUGGGGCCCUCGACCUUACGGCCAAUUAUCGCCCUCCACUUCGCUACACGCAGGCACCGCCCGCACGGGCGGGCGCCCCCGCGUCAGCUGUGGGCACAGGAGCACAUAGAAAUGACAAAAGGCGGGUCUUCACGGGGGCGGACCAAGUCACAGGGCUCGGAUGACGCCAAGGAGGCGCGUUCGCCGGCACGGCAUAGUUUAGACCGGCGGCCUUUGCGCUUCUGGCAGCCCUUCAACGAUUGGUGGCGGUCCACGUUUGAGAAAAAAGAGGGCAGGCGGCCAGACGCGCAGGAAAUUACUGUGUGGUACAACGAGCAUGCCGCCUCGUUGUGGAAGGAGGACGCGCCGUCGCUGCAGGAAACCCGCAUACACGCCAAGUGCCUCCGCAGCCUGCCGCUUGUGCGCGACUAUUUCCGCAACUACCGCGCACGGAAGCGCUCCGUCAGUGACAGGUCCGGGAGCAUGGGCCCAGGCGAGGACUACGACGCGAUGGACCAGCACGACGGCGGCGACGGCGGUGCCGGCGGCGGCGACCCCGACUACGCGCUACACCGCCGCCCCGGACGGGGGCGUAGCGGCAGCCGCGGAAGCGGCCAGCGCGGCCGCCGCCGCGGCGCCAGGGGCGCUGCCGGGCUGACGGAGGAUGACGAGGACGCGGUUGCUGAGGAUGACGACGACUUGGACGGCGAUGCAGUGGCGGGCCUGACACAGCUGGCGAACCUGGCGGCAGCGGCGCAGAGUGCCAGCCCCAGCCGGGACGACGGUCACGGCCGGCGGCUAGGCCACAUGGGCGGCGGCAGCGACGGCGAGGGCGAGGGCCGCGGCGACGACACGGGCGGGCUGGGAGGUGGCAUGUCGCUUGACCAGCUGCUGGCGGCGCCGGCGCUUCUGAGCCCCACCACAGCGGCGCUGCUGGCAGUGCAUCGAGCGGGGCUGGAGGCGGCCGACGGCGCAGGUGGGGGCGCCGGAGCUGGGGCCGGGCUGCCGGGUGACCUGCUGCAGCGGCUGGCCAUGCAGGCGGCGGCGGUGCAACAGCAGUUUGCCCUGGCGGCACUGGCGCACAACCUGGCGGCCUCGCAGCGCGCGGCCGCGACCGGUGCGGUAGAGGAGGAGGCUUCGGGCGGCGUCCGCGGCUGCGGUGAUGCGGGCGGCACGGAGAACGGCACCCUUAGCCCCCGCUCCAGCAAGCGGCAGCGGACGGCAGCUGCUGCGGCCGCGCUGGGCGGGGAAGGACCGAAUGGUGCUGAGACGGGCGCUGGCGGAGCCGGCGCAGAACAACCAGGCUGGCUCGGCUCUCGCCGCUUGUUACACACAGAAGCUGAGCCAUCGGUUGAAGUUGCGGCGCCCGGCGGGCGGAGCCGUGCUGCCGGGAGCUGGCGGGGCGGCGGUGGUGACAGCCGGCAAGGCGGCCCUUCCAAGCGCCGCGGCCAGCAUGCGGGCGGCGGCUCGGGGCCUGCGGGGCAGGAGCCGCUGGAUGAGGACAGCCUGGCUGGACUGAACGGCCUGGCGGUGGCGGCGCUGGAGCUGUCUGGCAUGGGCCUGGCCGAGCCCGGCGGCGUGUUGCUGCCGCCGCCGCUGGAGCUGCUGCAUGUGCCGCCCGCCCUGAGCCUAGAGCCCAUGGGCCGCGAGGCGCUGCAGGUGCUCGGCCGCGAGCAGCUGGUGGACCGCGUGCUGCUGCUGCAGGCGCACCUGCAGCUGGCAACGCAGCAGCAGCAGCAGCCGCAGGCGGAAUUGCGGCUGCAGGCGGCGGGCAGUGAAGGCGCGGCCUUGGGCGCCGGCGCCGGCGGGCUACCGAUGGCGUCGCCAGCGACGCGGCUGCUGCAGGCGCUGCCCGCGGGCAUGUCGCCGGGGCAGAAGCUGAACGCCAUCCUGGCGCAGGAGGGGCUGCUGCCGGGACCGGUCGCGGCGAUGGCGUCGGCGGGGCCGGCGGGGCUUGGUGUGCCGCUGCCGCUGAUGCCGCAGGUGAAGCAGCAGCCACUGGAGCAGCAGUCCUUGCUGAAGGAGCAGGAAGCGGCUGCGGUGCGGGCGGUGGGACAGCAGACGCCGCCGCGGCCGGCUGAGGUGCGAUCGCCCGUGCGGCUGGAGCAGAAGCCGGCUGAGGACCGGCCGUCGUCCACAGCUGCUGCGGCCACGACGACGGUCGACAUGGGAGUCUCGGAUGCGGGCAACGCCGCGGCAGCUGGAGGUGCCGUUGCCGGGGGAGAUGACGAAAGCAUGGGUGAUCCGGCGCCAAGUGACGCAGACGAGGCCCACCUGCAGGGCGGGGGCGGCGCGCCCGAGGUGGCAUCCGCACCCACCGCAGUGGUUGCCUGAAGCUAGGAGCGAGUGCGCAGCGAUAGAUAGACGUGUGAGGGGUCGCAUGCCGCAUUGCCGAUGCAUGUCCAUCCUGAUGGCGAGGUGUGGUUAUGCGAUGUGUGCUCAAGAACGCCGCGCUGCGACGUGCUCUGAUGUCAUGUGAAGUGGUGGUCGGGACUGCGCAGCGGAUUCUCAGCUCGGAUGACUUGUGAUGCCCCUAGAGCGAACCUGAUGAUACAGACAGUACAUGACAAAUGCAGUAGACAUUGUAGACGCUCGAGCGAGCGCAACCGCCGUCAAGCUGGCGAGCGAGCAACUUAGCGUAGUUCAAAUGGCGUGCGAGUACCGUAUCUGCUGGCGACAUCCUUCAUGCUGGCUUCCAUGCUGGCUCGGUGCUGGCAGGCAACCACGACACUCUGCGAGAUGAGCUUCUGGCGAUAGAAGGGCGGAUCAAGGCGCGAGUGCGGGAGGCGGUUGCCGCUGCCGAUGUGCCUCCACGCGCGCGUGUGCUGAAGCCUGAAGGUUUGGACAGCGAGCGAAGCGCGGCGGCUGUCGCCGGGGGACAUUGGAUGCAGGCAUUUGGGGGGACGUUUUGAGGGGAGGUUUGGGGCGGCACGGUUGCUGGGAGGCGCAUCCGGCUGGGGUUUAAGUGGCUGUGAUGAGGUGGUGCUACAUGGAUUGGAUUAAAUGAAGUGGCUGGUUCAUACCACUUGUGGCCAGGGGUGGCAUGCCGCGGGAGCGGAUUUAUCAUGUGGUUCGAUUUACCACAAAUACGGACGACGAGCUGGACCAGCAUGCAGGUAUUGUUCACCACGCACAGCCGCGUAGGGCAGCCCGACGAGGGAACAUGUAGCUAUGGUAGAGCA